CGGUCCCCCCGACGCCGAGGAUACGGGUCAUGAGGCCCCCCACCCUCCUCCUGCUGCUCACGGGGGCGCUGGUCCUGACCCCCAGCUGGGCCGGCCCCCACUCCCUGAGGUAUUUCCUCACCGCCGUGUCCCGGCCGGGCCGCGGGGAACCCCGAUACCUCGAAGUCGGCUACGUGGACGACACGCAGUUCGUGCGGUUCGACAGCGACGCCCCGAAUCCGAGGAUGGAGCCGCGGGCGCCGUGGAUGCAGCAGCCGUGGGUGGAGCGGGAGGACCCGGGGUAUUGGGAGGAGGAGACGCUGAGGGCCAAGGGAGCCGCACAGACUUUCCGAGUGAACCUGCAGAACCUGCGCGGCUACUACAACCUCAGCGAGGACGGGUCUCACACCUUCCAGAACAUGUAUGGCUGCGACCUGGGACCCGACGGGCGCCUCCUCCGCGGGUACAAGCAAUACGCCUACGAUGGCGCCGACUACAUCUCCCUGAACGAGGACCUGACCUCCUGGACCGCGGCCGACAUGGCGGCUCAGAUCACCAAGCGCAAGUGGGAGGGGGCCGGUGUGGCAGAGCAUGACAGGAGCUACCUGGAGGGCCUGUGUGUGAAGUUUCUCCGCAUUCACCUGGAAAAAGGGAAGGAGACCCUGCAGCGCGCAGACCCUCCAAAGGCACAUGUGACCCACCACCCCGUCUCUGCCCGUGAGGUCACCCUGAGGUGCUGGGCGCUGGGCUUCUACCCUGCGGACAUCAGCCUGACCUGGCAGCGUGAUGGGGAGGACCAGACCCAGGACAUGGAGCUGGUGGAGACCAGGCCUGCGGGGGACGGCACCUUCCAGAAGUGGGCGGCCGUGGGGGUGCCCCCUGGAGAGGAGCAGAGAUACACGUGCCAUGUGCAGCAUGAGGGGCUGCCCGAGCCCCUGACCCUGAGAUGGGAGCCUCCUUCUCACACCUUCAUCUUCAUCAUCAUGGGCAUCGCUGGGGUCCUGGUUCUGCUGGGAGCUGUGUCUGGAGCUGUGAUGUGGGGGAGACGGCGCUCAGGAGGAACAGGAGGGAGCUAUGCUCAGGCUGCCACGUGAGGCAGCUGCCUUGUGGGGACUGAGUGGUGGAAGAUGUUCAUGCUCCCACUUCUUGACUCAAGAACCUCUGAUUGGGGGGCUGCCCCGCCCUGCACCCCCCACUUUCCUGUCAAUAGAGUUGGGCUGGGCCCUCCCCAUCCCUGCCUUUACUCCUUGGUGCUCUGAGCUGCCACUUCCUGCUCCGUAUUCAAAUGAGACUCUGAUGUGACUGUGUUCAUUGCUUGCCAUGGAGCAUUGAUGGGUUAAUUAAAGGAGAAGAUCCUAAAGUUUGAGAGGAAA